AUGACUAGAACACCGAACUAUUCCCCUCAUCAUCAUUUUCAACCUUUCAACAUCACAACAUUCUUUGAAAUGACCAAAAGCAGCAGUCUGCGGCCAAUUUUAGAUCACAUUGUGAUCUUAGUGUCUAGCCAAACGCUGCAGGAACUGCCAAAGCGAUUGGAGAAUGUCCUCACAGUAAUUGAUGGCGGGGCUCACGCAGAUGGCCGGACAGUCAACAAACUGAUCGAAUUUUCUGAUGGAGUCUAUAUCGAGCUCAUCGCCUUUCAACACGGCUUAGAUCCAGAAAAGCGAAAGACGCAUAGAUGGGGAGAGCUAGAAGAGAACACUCUCGUCGACUGGGCAUAUACACUCCCUGAUGAAAAGGACUUUGGAGUAAUCCAACAGCGGGUCAAGGAAGCGAACUCUGAGAUCUUCUACCACUGGCCAGUCGCUGGCGGUCGUAUCAGACCUGAUGGAGUUGAAUUGAAAUGGUCCGUUGCUUCUGCCUACACCAUUUCGGGCAAGGCUGUCCAUCCAGGUAAGGCACCAUUCUGGUGUCUGGACCGCACUCCAAGACACUUACGAGUCCCUUACAAGGAAGACGAUGGAUCAGACGCUUCUUACACAAAACACCCUUCUGGGGCAAUCGGAAUCUCGGGAGUGUCGAUCUCAGUGUCCAAGGAGGAACGUGAAGUCAUUGGUGGUGUUUACGACGGAAUUCAUGGAUCCACUACAGGAAAGGGCAGAUGGCCUUUCGUUGUUCACUCUGGUUCUACGAAGGGAAAGCAAGAGAUUACUCUGGAAAGUAAUCAGAGUCAGGAGAGGCACAUUCACCUCACUCUUCUGGGCGACAAGGACAGCCCUGAAAGUAUAGAGAUUCUACCUGGUUUGAAGUUUAGCUUCGAGUCUUGA